AAAACACACAAAGAGAAAUUUAUUUUGAUGUAGAGAGAGUGACAGAAAAGGGAGCAUUGAGCAUUGGGAAGAAGAGAGAGAAGAAAGAGAGGAGAGAAAGAAAGGAAAUGUCUGGGUGUUGUAGGGGAAGAUAGGGGGCAAAGCUUCAGCAUUUGGUCUCUCUUAAUCUCAGCAAACCCUCCUUUUUCUCUGCCCCUCUGUUCCCUCCUUUUACGUCGCCGUUUUGCCCGCUUCCCCUCGCCGGAAAGCUCAUAACCUUUCCCGGGAAAAUCUGCAACCUUUUCCGGGAAAGUUUUUUCUUUUCCAUUUUUUAAAAUCUUUUUUGGGGGCUGUAGACUUUGCUGAGCUGAUCUGAGCUCAGCUGAUAGAGAACUUGAAAAUCUAGUUCGUUGAUCUGAGUGCGUGGUCUGGGAGCCGAGAAGAGCUAGAAACGGAGCUCCAUUUUAUCGCCGAUAUAUCUCCGGCGAGAUGAGCAAGUGAGAUUUUCCGGCAGUAUAUCCAGUCUUUCGAAGAACCCAAGUCGCCGGAGCAAACAAUGAAGCCGCCCGCGAACGGAGCCGGAGCUGCGGCGGCCAACGGUCCAUCCAAUUCAUGCGAAGGGGGAGAGAAUGUGAAGAUCAUAAACCCGGAGCUAUGGCAAGCGUGCGCCGGGCCGCUGGUGAACUUGCCGCCGGCUGGGACCCACGUGGUCUACUUCCCUCAAGGUCACAGCGAACAAGUUGCGGCAUCUAUGAAAAAGGACGUGGAUGGUCAAAUACCAAACUACCCGAAUCUUCCCUCCAAGCUACUAUGUCUCCUUCACAAUGUCACCUUGCAUGCGGACCCCGAAACGGAUGAAGUUUAUGCUCAGAUGACACUUCAGCCUGUUUCCUCGUUUGACAAGGAUGCAUUGUUGAGAUCAGAUCUUGCCCUCAAGUCAAAUAAGCCCCAACCAGAGUUUUUCUGUAAAACAUUGACAGCAAGUGAUACAAGCACUCAUGGAGGUUUCUCGGUGCCCCGUCGUGCAGCAGAAAAGAUUUUCCCUCCUCUCGAUUUCUCCAUGCAACCACCUGCUCAAGAACUUGUCGCCAGGGAUUUGCAUGAUACUGUUUGGACUUUCCGCCAUAUCUAUCGUGGGCAACCAAAACGCCACUUGCUUACAACAGGAUGGAGCCUAUUUGUUAGUGGGAAGAGGCUUUUCGCUGGCGAUUCUGUCUUGUUCAUUAGGGAUGAAAAGCAGCAGCUUCUUUUGGGAAUUAGACGCGCUAACAGGCAACCCACCAACCUAUCAUCUUCAGUAUUAUCAAGUGAUAGUAUGCACAUUGGGAUUCUAGCGGCUGCAGCUCAUGCUGCCGCUAAUAAUAGCCCCUUCACAGUGUUCUACAAUCCUAGAGCCAGUCCAUCAGAAUUUGUUAUCCCAUUAGCCAAGUACUACAAGGCAGCUUGUGGCAACCAACUAUCUCUGGGGAUGCGAUUUCGUAUGAUGUUUGAAACUGAAGAGUCAGGAACAAGAAGGUACAUGGGUACAAUUACAGGAAUUAGUGAUCUUGAUUCUGUUAGAUGGAAGAACUCACAAUGGCGCAAUUUGCAGGUUGGUUGGGAUGAGUCAACUGCUGGGGAAAGGCGUAAUCGGGUGUCAAUGUGGGAAAUUGAGCCUGUUACUGCUCCAUUUUUCAUUUGUCCCCCACCAUUCUUCAGAAAUUCUACUAGUUCUUUAUUGUCUCAGCUUAAUUUGUAUGAGGAAUCCUCUGAUUUAGAUAAUCUUUUUAAGAGGACAAUGCCUUGGCUUGGUGAUGAUAUGUGCAUGAAGGAUCCCCAGGUUCUACCUGGCCUGAGCUUAGUCCAGUGGAUGAACAUGCAGCAAAAUUCUUCUGCGGGUAACUCCAUACAGCCAAAUUACAUGAAUUCCUUUCCUGGUUCUGCUCUGCAAAACCUUGCUGGAGCGGAUCUUUCUCGGCAGUUGGGCAUGUCAGGGCCUCAAAUACCUCAGUUGAGCAAUUUACAAUUUAAUGCCCAGAGAAUACCUCAGCAAGCACAACAGCUUGAUCAACUCCAAAAGCUGCCAUCCACAAUGAACCCAUUAGCAUCCAUGAUCCAACGACAGCAACAGUUGGGUGAUAUUACUCAACAACCCAGGCAAAAUUCGUUUAAUCAAUCUCUACCCUCCAGCCAAGUUCAAUCCCAGCUUCUGCAACCUCAGACUCUUGUCCAAACUAAUAGUAUCCUUCAGCAGCAAUCAUCUAGUCAAAACCAUCUUCAAAGAAACCUCCCUCAGAACCUGCAGCAGCAUCAGCAGCAACAACAGCAGCAGCUGCAUCAACAACAGCAGCAGCUGCAUCAACAACAGUCAACAACAGCACAGCAGCUGCAUCAACAACAGCAACAGCAUCAACAGCAACAGCCGCAGCAUCAACAGCAGCAGCAGCAUCAACAACAAAUUGCGGGUCAAAAUCAACAGCAAUUUCAGUCUCAACUUCCUGAUCAAAUAAACCAACAGUUGCAACAUCUUUCUGAUAAUCAGCUUCAACUUCAGCUGUUACAGAAGCUUCAACAGCAACAGCAGUCGCUUUUGACACAGCAGGCACUGCAACAGCCUGCUCAACUUAUCCAACUGCAGGACCAGCAGAGGCAACUGUUAGAUGUGUCCCAGAGCUUCUCCAGGCCUUUGACUCCCACCCAAAUUCAAGAUAUGCCUCAAAUGGCACCAACCUCGCAUCCUCAGUCAAGAACAAUGCCACAGCAGCUGACAAAGAAUAAUAACAGCCAAACUAAUGUUCGGUUUUCUCAUCCACCUCAGCAGCCAAAGCUUCAACAGCAGCAACCUGUUAUGGUGCCUGAAAUGUCCGGGCAUAUGGGACUUCUCCCAACCCCAACAACCAAUCAACUCUCUACAGCUGUAAGCAAUGUAAUGACAGGAGGUGCAGGAGCAGGGCAGUCUGGGAUUACAGAUGAGGUUCCAUCUUGUUCAAAUUCACCAUCCACAAACAACUGUCCAAGUUUAAUUCAACCAUUAAUGAACAACAGAGCCCAUCGAAACUCAUUAGUCGGGGAGGACAUGGCUCAGUCCGCCACCACAAUCUUGAGUCCUAGUGCCAUAGAAACAAUGCCAUUGAAUGGUAACUUAUUGAAAGAUUUCCAGCUUAAGUCUGAUGUUAAGCCUUCAGUGAACAUUGCUAGCAAUCAAAGUCAAGGAAUUCUUACAGCACAAACGUACCUGAACAGUGCAGCUGUCCAGACAGAUUACUUGGACACAUCAUCUUCAACAACUUCAGUGGGCAUCUCUCAAAAUGAUGUCAAUUUACAGCAGAAUAAUGCCCCAUUGUCUUUCAAUCCACAAUCAAUGUUAUUCAGAGAAGCCAGUCAAGAAGGGGAAGUUCAGGCAGAUCAUAGAAACAAUGUUUCAUAUGGUUCUAACAUUGAUGGCCAAUUGGGGAUACCCUUGAAUCCUGAUCCUAUGUUGGCCAAGGGCACGGUGGGGUUAGGAAAGGAUUUUUCAAAUAAUCUCUCUUCGGGAGGCAUGAUUGGCAACUAUGAAAAUGCAAAAGAUGCUCAGCAAGAACUUUCAUCUUCAAUGGUUUCCCAGUCCUUUGGAGUUCCAGAUAUGGCAUUCAAUUCAAUUGACUCAACCAUAAAUGAUAGUGGCUUUCUGGACAGUGGCCCAUGGCCUCCAGCACCUCAAUUUCAGCGAAUGAGGACAUACACCAAGGUGUACAAACGUGGAGCUGUAGGGAGAUCUAUAGAUAUUGCACGCUAUUCAGGUUAUGGUGAGCUUAAACAAGAUCUGGCUCGUAGGUUUGGUAUAGAGGGACAGUUAGAGGACCGAGGGAGAGUAGGCUGGAAACUUGUGUAUGUAGAUCAUGAGAGUGAUGUUCUGCUAGUUGGAGAUGACCCUUGGGAGGAGUUUGUAAACUGUGUUCGCUACAUCAAGAUCCUGUCCCCACAAGAAGUCCAGCAAAUGAGUUUGGAUGGAGACUUUGGUGGCAACGCUGUGCUUCCAAAUCAAGCUUGCAGCAGCUCAGAUGGUGGGAAUGCCUAAUGUAGUGUACCAAAAUGCUGACAAUUUUUCUUCCUGGUAGGAGCCUUUAGAUGUUUUUAAGAAAAUCUUUCAUGGUAAUCAGCACGGUAUGACCAAAGUUUGGUCUUUCUGGUCAUCACUUACCACUUGCUGGAGCAAGCAAGUUGAGAAGUGAUCUUUUAAUAGUUGAGGGUGGCUUCCAACUUUGUGGCCCAGCUUACACAAGCAGUGGAAAGAAGCUGAAGUUCUGAACAGAGUAUCCUUGUCUGAGAUUUCUUGAGUUUCUAGUUGGUCCGAGUUCUGUUCAAGGGAGGGCCAAAUUCUGGGCAAGUGAACAACGUAGCAUGGCAUAUUUAUAUUUGCCGAUGCGAAGAUGAUCGGCGAAGAUGAUGUGCUGAAGUCAAUUUAAGAUUCAUUUGCCUUGUACUUUUCUUUUUCUUCCACAUUGGAAUUCUCCCACGCAAGUACAUUGUAAAGAGCAUUGUAGCAUGGAAUUCUUAUCGUUCAGUUUCGAGUGUAUAUUAGAUUUCGAAAGUGAAAUCGGUUAUAUAAAUUUCGAAAGUGAUUGAUGUAAACACAUUGUGUCAAACAGACCGACCAAGGCUACAAUUGGGAAUCAAAGGAACAAAAUGUUGACGGAAAUUUUUUGCCAAUCAAAUUAAGCUGAACAAAGCAACAUGCAUACGUGUUUGAUGC